AUGGCCACUCCCCUAUCCGCCACCCGGGGGACGCGCCUGCCGAGCACCAGCCAAGUCACUACAAGUGCCGUCCAACAGGAAACUCAGCAACCUAAGUUUACUCCGAAAAGGGCUCGCACGGCAUAUACGUCCCAACAACUUUUAGAACUCGACCGAGAAUUCAGUAGAGGUGCCGUCCAACAGGAAAAUCAGCAACCUAAGUUUACUCCGAAAAUGGCUCGCACGGUAUAUACGUCCCAACAACUUUUAGAACUCGACCGAGAAUUCAGUAGAGGUGCCGUCCAACAGGAAACUCAGCAACCUAAGUUUACUCCGAAAAGGGCUCGCACGGCAUAUACGUCCCAACAAAUUUUAGAACUCGACCGAGAAUUCAGUAGAGCCAAGUCACUACAAGUGCCGUCCAACAGGAAACUCAGCAACCUAAGUUUACUCCGAAAAGGGCUCGCACGGCAUCUACGUCCUAACAAAUUUUUGAACUCGACCGAGAAUUCAGUAGAGCCGAGCACCAGCCAAGUCACUACAAGUGCCGUCCAACAGGAAACUCAGCAACCUAAGUUUACUCCGAAAAGGGCUCGCACGGCAUAUACGUCCCAACAAAUUUUAGAACUCGACCGAGAAUUCAGUAGAGGUGCCGUCCAACAGGAAACUCAGCAACCUAAGUUUACUCCGAAAAGGGCUCGCACGGCAUAUACGUCCCAACAAAUUUUAGAACUCGACCGAGAAUUCAGUAGAGGUGCCGUCCAACAGGAAACUCAGCAACCUAAGUUUACUCCGAAAAGGGCUCGCACGGCAUAUACGUCCCAACAACUUUUAGAACUCGACCGAGAAUUCAGUAGAGGUGCCGUCCAACAGGAAACUCAGCAACCUAAGUUUACUCCGAAAAGGGCUCGCACGGCAUAUACGUCCCAACAAAUUUUAGAACUCGACCGAGAAUUCAGUAGAGAUGCCGUCCAACAGGAGACUCAGCAACCUAAGUUUACUCCGAAAAGGGCUCGCACGGCAUAUACGUCCCAACAACUUUCAGAACUCGACCGAGAAUUCAGUAGAGGUGCCGUCCAACAGGAAACUCAGCAACCCAAGUUUACUCCGAAAAGGGCUCGCACGGCAUAUACGUCCCAACAACUUUUAGAACUCGACCGAGAAUUCAGUAGAGGUAAAUAUCUUACGAGACCCCGAAGGAUUCAUCUGGCGGAGAGAUUAAAAUUACCUGAAAGACAAAUAAAAAUCUGGUUCAAAAAUAGAAGGAUGAAUAUAAGAAAGAAUCUGCCGAGCACCAGCCAAGUCACUACAAGUGCCGUCCAACAGGAAACUCAGCAACCUAAGUUUACUCCGAAAAGGGCUCGCACGGCAUAUACGUCCCAACAAAUUUUAGAACUCGACCGAGAAUUCAGUAGAGGUGCCGUCCAACAGGAGACUCAGCAACCUAAGUUUACUCCGAAAAGGGCUCGCACGGCAUAUACGUCCCAACAACUUUCAGAACUCGACCGAGAAUUCAGUAGAGGUGCCGUCCAACAGGAAACUCAGCAACCUAAGUUUACUCCGAAAAGGGCUCGCACGGCAUAUACGUCCCAACAACUUUUAGAACUCGACCGAGAAUUCAGUAGAGGUGCCGUCCAACAGGAAACUCAGCAACCUAAGUUUACUCCGAAAAGGGCUCGCACGGCAUAUACGUCCCAACAAAUUUUAGAACUCGACCGAGAAUUCAGUAGAGGUAAAUAUCUUACGAGACCCCGAAGGAUUCCUCUGGCGGAGAGAUUAAAAUUAUCUGAAAGACAAAUAAAAAUCUGGUUCCAAAAUAGAAGGAUGAAUAUAAGAAAGAAUCUGCCGAGCACCAGCCAAGUCACUACAAGUGCCGUCCAACAGGAAACUCAGCAACCUAAGUUUACUCCGAAAAGGGCUCGCACGGCAUAUACGUCCCAACAAAUUUUAGAACUCGACCGAGAAUUCAGUAGAGGUGCCGUCCAACAGGAAACUCAGCAACCUAAGUUUACUCCGAAAAGGGCUCGCACGGCAUAUACGUCCCAACAACUUUUAGAACUCGACCGAGAAUUCAGUAGAGGUGCCGUCCAACAGGAAACUCAGCAACCUAAGUUUACUCCGAAAAGGGCUCGCACGGCAUAUACGUCCCAACAAAUUUUAGAACUCGACCGAGAAUUCAGUAGAGAUGCCGUCCAACAGGAGACUCAGCAACCUAAGUUUACUCCGAAAAGGGCUCGCACGGCAUAUACGUCCCAACAACUUUCAGAACUCGACCGAGAAUUCAGUAGAGGUCAAUAUCUUACGAGACCCCGAAGGAUUCAUCUGGCGGAGAGAUUAAAAUUAUCUGAAAGACAAAUAAAAAUCUGGUUCCAAAAUAGAAGGAUGAAAUAUAAGAAAGAAUCUGGUGCCGUCCAACAGGAAACUCAGCAACCUAAGUUUACUCCGAAAAGGGCUCGCACGGCAUAUACGUCCCAACAAAUUUUAGAACUCGACCGAGAAUUCAGUAGAGGUGCCGUCCAACAGGAAACUCAGCAACCUAAGUUUACUCCGAAAAGGGCUCGCACGGCAUAUACGUCCCAACAACUUUCAGAACUCGACCGAGAAUUCAGUAGAGGUGCCGUCCAACAGGAGACUCAGCAACCUAAGUUUACUCCGAAAAGGGCUCGCACGGCAUAUACGUCCCAACAACUUUCAGAACUCGACCGAGAAUUCAGUAGAGGUGCCGUCCAACAGGAAACUCAGCAACCUAAGUUUACUCCGAAAAGGGCUCGCACGGCAUAUACGUCCCAACAACUUUUAGAACUCGACCGAGAAUUCAGUAGAGGUGCCGUCCAACAGGAGACUCAGCAACCUAAGUUUACUCCGAAAAGGGCUCGCACGGCAUAUACGUCCCAACAACUUUCAGAACUCGACCGAGAAUUCAGUAGAGGUGCCGUCCAACAGGAAACUCAGCAACCUAAGUUUACUCCGAAAAGGGCUCGCACGGCAUAUACGUCCCAACAAAUUUUAGAACUCGACCGAGAAUUCAGUAGAGGUAAAUAUCUUACGAGACCCCGAAGGAUUCCUCUGGCGGAGAGAUUAAAAUUAUCUGAAAGACAAAUAAAAAUCUGGUUCCAAAAUAGAAGGAUGAAUAUAAGAAAGAAUCUGCCGAGCACCAGCCAAGUCACUACAAGUGCCGUCCAACAGGAAACUCAGCAACCUAAGUUUACUCCGAAAAGGGCUCGCACGGCAUAUACGUCCCAACAAAUUUUAGAACUCGACCGAGAAUUCAGUAGAGGUGCCGUCCAACAGGAAACUCAGCAACCUAAGUUUACUCCGAAAAGGGCUCGCACGGCAUAUACGUCCCAACAACUUUUAGAACUCGACCGAGAAUUCAGUAGAGGUGCCGUCCAACAGGAAACUCAGCAACCUAAGUUUACUCCGAAAAGGGCUCGCACGGCAUAUACGUCCCAACAAAUUUUAGAACUCGACCGAGAAUUCAGUAGAGGUGCCGUCCAACAGGAGACUCAGCAACCUAAGUUUACUCCGAAAAGGGCUCGCACGGCAUAUACGUCCCAACAACUUUCAGAACUCGACCGAGAAUUCAGUAGAGGUGCCGUCCAACAGGAAACUCAGCAACCUAAGUUUACUCCGAAAAGGGCUCGCACGGCAUAUACGUCCCAACAACUUUCAGAACUCGACCGAGAAUUCAGUAGAGGUGCCGUCCAACAGGAAACUCAGCAACCUAAGUUUACUCCGAAAAGGGCUCGCACGGCAUAUACGUCCCAACAACUUUUAGAACUCGACCGAGAAUUCAGUAGAGCCGAGCACCAGCCAAGUCACUACAAGUGCCGUCCAACAGGAAACUCAGCAACUUUAGUUUACCCUAAAAGGGCUCGCACGGCAUAUACGUCCCAACAACUUUUAGAACUCGACCGAGAAUUCAGUAGAGGUGCCGUCCAACAGGAAACUCAGCAACCUAAGUUUACUCCGAAAAGGGCUCGCACGGCAUAUACGUCCCAACAAAUUUUAGAACUCGACCGAGAAUUCAGUAGAGGUAAAUAUCUUACGAGACCCCGAAAGAUUCCUCUGGCGGAGAGAUUAAAAUUAUCUGAAAGACAAAUAAAAAUCUGGUUCCAAAAUAGAAGGAUGAAUAUAAGAAAGAAUCUGCCGAGCACCAGCCAAGUCACUACAAGUGCCGUCCAACAGGAAACUCAGCAACCUAAGUUUACUCCGAAAAGGGCUCGCACGGCAUAUACGUCCCAACAAAUUUUAGAACUCGACCGAGAAUUCAGUAGAGGGGAAACCCUCAUGGGCACCAGAGACUUAGGUUCGAUCGCCUCUGGUAGUGCCUGGACUCUUACCGGCUAA